CAGAAAAGAUUCAGUGUGACUUGCACCGACUUUCCCUCUGCGCGGUUGCUUCAUUCUUGUUUCGGACCAAGCUGCUUCAGCAUUCGUGCGAAGCGACAUUAAAAAAAUCUCUCUCCAGCCUGGGAGUGCCUUUGCCUUUUGGAUCACAAAAAACCAAAGAGGCGACCCAACAACACUUGUUUUUGGAGUUUGACAGUGUUCGUCGGCUCGUCUACCUCAAACCUUACGCCGUACUCGCGACAUCCUCCGCCGGCAGAUUGAUCGCCAACGCUCGCUGUAACCGUCACUGGAACCGUCACUGCACAAACAAUGCUGGGUUCCAUUGCCUGGCGCGCAUUGAUGCGCCGGAAUGUGAUUUAUCGUCGUCGCAACUGGAUCGGAUCGCUUCUCGAGAUUGCCUUGCCCGUCUUCUUUGUCGGUAUAUUGGUCUUGACCAAAUGGGCCGUCGAAAACUCGGGUGAGAACACCGGAACGGAGGUGAUUCCGGAAUUCAUUCCGGACGGCAGUCGCGCUCUGACCCCCUUGACCUUUCAAGAUUACGUCACCGCGAUGCAAGCCAAGCGCGUGUGUCAGACAAGCGAGAGUUUCUUUCCCGGCAGCGGGGACGGACUCUCGAUCACCGGGAUGCCCGCGGAAGGCUUCAACUGGCAGGUGCCCUUCGUCAAAUGUGACGUACGCUUUUGCGACCAAGACGGACAGGAUGCCAGCAACUUUUGUGAGUACGCCAUGGUGGCCGUCGCCGGAUCUUCCUCCACGGAUCAAGGCGGCGCCGCCCGGGCCUCCGCCUUUGCCUCCUGGAUGUACGAACGCUAUCCCGCACUCCGCACGUCGAUGCCCUUUUUGUUCGAUUUCGUCCAGGUCUUUGAUUCCCCUGAAGAAAUGGACACGUACGUGAGGGAUACUCGCUACGGGGAUUCAGAAUUUCCCAAAAUUGGCAUGGGCAUCGUGUUUGAAGGAAACGCGGCCGACUCGUAUUCGUACUGGUUGCGCCAGAACUCGACUAAUUUCAACAAUCCCAAAGAAGAAGCCCGUCCUGCGGUCCGUACUACUCCAGCAACGGAUCAGUUCUUGGCGAAAUUUGCCAAGGAGGACGACGUUUGCGUUCCGGAAGAUGGUUCACCGAACCAGGGUCCUUUCCAAGAUUCCUGUACCGGACAGUAUGUCUACAACGGUGUGCUAACCAUGCAACGUUUGGUCAAUGACUUUAUUUUAGCCGAUUCCGGUGCCGAAGCUCAGGGAAUUUUUGUAGCCGAAGCUGGGGUUCAGUACGUGCAGUUUCCCGCCCGAUCUUUCGAAACAACGGGUUUCUUUGGAGACAUUGCCGAGGUGAUGCCGUUGCAGGUCAUUCUAGGCUUUCUCUACCCAGUUGCCUCCAUGAUUGGAUUCAUUUGCCGUGAAAAGGAACUUCGGCAAAAGGAGCUCAUGAAAAUGAUGAGCGUGACCGAAUCAGACAUUGGCUGGUCUUGGUUCAUUUCGUUCGCCGUCUUCCAUAUCGUCACGGCUACCAUUGUCUCCGCUGUUUCGGGAGCCAUGUUUAAGAACUCAACAGGCUUUUACCUCUGGAUCUUUUGGGUCUUGACGCUCAUGUCGACUGUCGUAUUCUCAAUGGCAGUUGCGACGCUGGCGUCUAAAGCGACACGCGGAAUUUUGAUCGGGCUGCUUUUGUUCUUUAUUGGUGUUUUCUUUUCAAUUUCCAUUGACUACCAAGACGCCAGUAGCGGUUUACUCUCUCUUUUGAGCCUGCACCCAGCCGCCGCCUUUGGGUUUGGUUUGCAAGAAAUUGGUAAUUUAGAGGACCGAGGUGUCGGCGCACAAAGCAGCAGUGUGGGAGAGUCGGACUACCCUUCAGGUUACACAUUCAACAGCGCGAUAAAUUCUUUGAUUGGAGAUAUUAUUCUCUGGGGAUUACUCACUUUCUACCUCAAUCGUGUUAUUAAACCGGAUUAUGGCCAGGCGCAACCUUGGCACUUCCCGUGUACAGCUCUUUUCAAGUGCUGCGGAUUUGGUCAAGGUGACGGUAUGGACGACAUGGACCAUGCGCACCAUGCGGAAAUUGAAGAUUCUGUGCCGAACGAGCCUGUCGGUGACGCACUGCAACGCCAAUCCGAAGGGAAGAAUAUUGAAAUUCUUGGAUUGCGUAAGGAUUUUGGAAACAAGACGGCGGUAGACAAUUUUAGUCUCAGCAUGUACAGCGGACAAAUCACGGCGUUGCUGGGACACAAUGGUGCGGGAAAGACGACGACCAUUGGAAUGCUCACCGGUGCUCUCGCGCCGACAGCAGGAUCCGCAACCGUGGCGGGCAGAGAUAUCCGUCGAGACAUGACCAAUAUCCGUAAGGAUAUUGGUAUUUGUUUGCAACACGACUGCCUCUUCCCUAUGUUGACCGUACGCGAACACGUACAAUUCUUUGCUCGUUUGAAGGGACAGUAUAAGAUAAUGUCGAAGGAAGACGCGGAAGCGCAGAUUGACCAAGUCAUUCAGGACGUUGCCCUUUCAGAAAAGCGCAACACUUUCUCGAAAAACCUAAGUGGCGGCAUGAAACGCAAACUAAGCGUAGCAAUAGCCUUCUGUGGAGGAAGCAGCGUUGUGCUCUUGGAUGAACCUACCAGUGGAAUGGAUCCUUUCUCUCGUCGGUUCACCUGGAAUGUCAUCCGUCAAUACCGCCAAGAUCGCUGCAUCAUUCUCACAACUCACUUUAUGGAUGAAGCCGACAUUCUUGGAGAUCGGAUUGCAAUCAUGUCGGAAGGUCGUCUGCGAUGUUGCGGAAGCUCUUUGUUUUUGAAAAAGACGUACGGAGUCGGUUAUCAGCUUGUAAUUGAGAAGCUCGCCGCCAAAGCUGCAAUCAAGAAUGGAGAUACUGGUGCGAGCGCAAGCACGAUGGAUGCUCUUCACGGUAAUGACGAUAAGUUGAAACGAAUUGUCACGGAUAAUGUUCACGAGGCCUCUUUAUUGAGUAACGUUGGAUCUGAGAUGAGUUACCAAUUGCCAAUGGGUGCGGCCUCCAAGUUUACGCCCAUGUUUGAAGGACUAGAUGAGGAAAUUGACAAGGGCAUCAUAAGUUCUUAUGGAGUCAGCAUCACAACACUGGAUGAAGUGUUUCUCUUGGUGGCUAGAGGAGAGUCUACUGAGAAGGCCGAGCUUGCUUCCUCCAGGCAAAUUGGCUCGAAUGGUGCCACUCCUUUAGCCGCGGAUGCCGACAAGAGCCAACGCUCUCGAAUGGAUUUAGAGAACGACCGUCUUUUUACGACUCAUGUCAAAGCUUUGUUUCGGAAGCGUGCCGCGAAUUUCCGUCGUGACAAAAAGGCGUGGGUGUGCACUACGAUUGUCCCAUGCUUGUUUGUGCUGAUUGGACUCAUUAUCCUUACUUUUGCUCCCGUCGAUCGAGAUUUACCACCUAUUGAGCUGACUCUAGACGAUUACAAUGUUGAUUUCACGGGAAUGCCGCGGAAUCCUAUUGUCUUUAACAACCCUCAGAGUAGCUUUACCUGCCAACCAGGAAGUUGUGCGUACAGUUUCCCAGCGUCUUUGAGUUUGUUCAACUCCAGCACGGUGUUUCCUGCUUCUCAGUAUGGCGCAAUUUUCUAUAAACAUGAAGUGGGUAGCGUCACAGAUUCCAACAUUGCUUACAACGAAUCAGUUUUUAGUCAAUGUGUUGCGAACACGGUCAAUUAUACAAAUGUGGAGGAUUGUGGCAGAUUUGGAGGAGUGGGAUACAUUAUUCAGUACAACUUCACUGCUCUGCAUGUGUCGCCUUUAUUCCAGAGUCUAGCCGACCAGGCUUUAGCCAGAGAAGCUUUGAAUUCUGAUACUUUUACAAUCCAGACGAAGCUGGCGCCGCUGCCUAUUACUAAACUCGAAGGGAAUUUCGGAAAAGCUGAGGAUGCUUUUUCCGCAUGGUUCCUUGUUGUCUUGAGUUUUCCAUUUAUAUCUGGAGCUUUCGCAACCUUUGUUGUAUCUGAGAGGGAAUCGAAAGCGAAGCAUUUACAAACGGUUGCCGGAGUUGAACCGUCGGCCUAUUGGAUUUCGACCUUUUUUUGGGACGUGAUGAACUACCAAUUUCCACUUUGGAUUACCGUAAUUUUGUUUUUCGCGUUCGGGGUUGACAUCCUUACGACAACCGAGCGUGGCGUGGUUGGCGGAGUCAUUGCGAUUCUGUUCUUGUAUGGACCUGCAUCUGCUGGGUUCACGUACUGCCUCUCCUUUGCUUUUUCAUCGCCGAGCUUGUGCAAUGUCUUUAUGAUCAUCAGUGGGUUUUUGAUUGGCAUGGGCGGACCUCUCACAGCUUUCAUUUUGACCUUGCUUGGCAACGAAAACCCUGCUGAACCGAAGCAGAAUUUGAUUGACGCUGCCAAUAUCGUUAUCUGGGUCCUUCGUUUCAUCCCCGCGUUUAACCUUGGCAAAGGUCUUUUCUAUGCUAUCAACAUCGAAACACUCGACUUUUUGGAGAACGAGCGUGUUGUCGCAUGGUCUGAACCUGUCCUUCUCAUCGAAGUCAUUUUCUUGGCGUUGGAAAGCGUCCUUUACAUGCUACUUGCGAUUCAAAUUGACAAGUGGUCCAGCAACCCCCGUGCUGUUUCUAUCUGGCGUAAAUUUGUCCGAUUCAUCACAUUCCAGUGUUUCUGUGGUCCUAAAUCAAAGGAUGCAAUGGAUAUAACUACCGCAAUCCCCGAUGACGACGAUGUUCUUGCUGAACAGGAACGUGUCCUGUCUGGCGGGGCCAAUGAGGAUUUGAUUGUAAUCAGUAAGCUGACCAAAUGCUACGACAAUGGAAAGCUGGCUGUCAAUAACAUGUCGCUAGGUAUUCCUCCUGGACAAUGCUUUGGUCUUUUGGGUAUCAAUGGCGCGGGAAAGACGACAACGAUGCAAAUGCUUACUGCUGAAUUCCCACCAACUACUGGGGACGCGACAUUAGCAGGCUUUAGCGUGGCGAACGAACCCGAAAAGACUCGUCGUCGCAUUGGAUAUUGUCCUCAGUUUGAUGCUCACUUCGAUAAUAUGACGGGUCGAGAGCAUGUUGAACUGUAUGCCGCCAUCAAAGGCAUCCCAUUGGAGUUUGUAAAGGAAGCUGCAGCUACGAAGCUCACAGAAGUUGGUCUGAGUGAUAAAGACAGCGACCGUCUCGCGGCCGGUUACAGUGGUGGCAUGAAGCGUCGUCUUUCUUUGGCUUGCGCCAUGAUUGGUCAACCCCAAGUUGUCUUCCUGGACGAAUGCUCUACAGGAGUUGACCCGGUUGCCCGUCGCGAGAUCUGGCAGCUCAUCAGCGACAUGGUCACAGGAGCCAACGUUGCCGCUGACGAGAAGACGUCGGUCAUUUUGACGACUCACUCUAUGGAAGAAUGCGAAGCGCUCUGCCCACAGAUCGGAAUCAUGGCGAACGGUCGUCUGCGCUGUCUCGGAUCUGCGCAGCAUCUGAAGAACAAGUUCGGCCAGGGCUUCCAGGUCGAAUUAAAGGUCAAGAUUUUGCACAAUGAAGAUAUUGACUAUCGCAAGAACCUCACCAAAAUAGCAGAAAGUAAGGGCGCCCAUAUCGACGAGGAAACGGGAGAUGUGAAGGACGACGUCUUUUUUAACGUGGACGAGUGCCAGAAGACCCUGCAGCUUUUAACGGGCGACACGUACCUGUCCGACAUGAUCGGGACUCACAAUCCUUCUGGCUACUUGGUUUACAAGAGUGCCUCGUCCGGACUAGCAACUUUGGAAGAGAUUGCUGCCUUUGCCACGAAUGAACUUCGGAUGCGUGACCUCGAUGCGUUUAUCAAGGAGCAGUACCCGCAUUCAGUUCUUCGUGAACGUCAGGAUUCCAAAGCUCGUUACGAAGUGCCGUCCCAAGGUAUUCGUAUUUCCCAGAUAUUUUCGAGUAUUGAAGAAAACAAGGAGGUCCUCAUGUUGGCGGAUUACGGUGUCAGCCAAACCAGUCUCGAACAGGUCUUCAACAUGCACGCGGCGGAAGCCGAAAAGCUCAAGCAAGGUCGGGACGACUCUUAAAGAUUUUCUCGAUACGUUUUAACGUUUACGCAAUUGCCCCAUACACACGCGCACGAACGCACACACGACUUAUCUACAACAGUACACACGAUUUCACGCGGAUAGGUAUUUUUACAUCAAGGCAAAAGUAAUCAAUUCCGACUUUUUAAAUGGUUAAAAAUUUACACAUUGGUGAACC